CAUUUAUUGAUGACUAAAAUCGUUAUAUCAAUUGAAAUAACUGACUCUACUAAAGUGGAAAUGUACAAUCUUACAAUUUAUGUAUAUAUAUAAUAAUAUAAAACAGAUAAAACAUUGUAAUAUAUUUGUAACAUUAUUAUCGAAGAAACAACGAAAAUGGAGAUUAUGGAAGAUGGCAACUUAGUAGACCGUGUUAGAAUUUUAUUACAACGGGAUAUGCAGUAUUAUCAGGAAAUGCAAACCGUAUUAAAGGAACCUCUUUGCUCACGUAUUAGCGGCGGAAAACUUGAUUUUCCAAGACAUGCAUCAUUUGUCGCAGUUAAAAUCGUUGCGUGGUGGGAAACAGAUUUUCAAGCUGCUUUUAAACGUCAUUCUGGUUUAAGUUUAAUGGAAAACAAAUCAUCUGCAACUGCAGAAAACGAAGAAGAAAGAGUUAUCAAAAAAAUCCAACCGUCUGAAUUUGUAUUACUUGUUGUUGAUACUGCCGAUAAAUUAUUAGAACAUUUACAUCUGCUUAUCCAAGAAUCAUUAGAUCAUGCUGAUUUAACAGUAUUAACAGCUACUUUAGGAGCAGCUGCAUUAGUACGAAAUUGUUUAUGGUGUUAUAAUCAACAAGCUAAAAAUUUGAUUUCCGUACAGUCAAGUGAAAAAUUAAACGCAUCGUAUAAAUCUUAUCAUGAAAUGGCUGAAGCUGUAGCAGAACGAUUAUUGGAUUUGCAUUGUCGUUUAAUUUCGUUAUACAUACUUAAUGAAGCUGAUUCACUUAGUUGGCACGAUACUAAGUCAUUUUUUGAACGGGAGCGAUGUUCUUUCGUAAUACAAAUGUGGUGGCUAUACAUACAAGGAACGAAGACAGAUUUAUGGAGUACCGUAUCUCCAAAAAUGGCACAACGCGUUUUUUCUGGAAUGUUGAACGAAUCUUUAUCCAUUAUUAUUACAAGAUUUGUUUAUGGUCGACCGAGUUUAGUACGAUCCGAACAGUUCUGGACAGAUGCCUUUAAUGUUCUCUGUUGUACUGGAUAUCUUGCUUUGGGCGCUUGUGUUAAUGCCAAUGAAAUGAUUGGAAUGAGAUUAAAUAAAUUACCCACUGCUAUUAGAGAUAUACACACGAAAUGCAACGAAUUGUUGAUUUGUUUGUUAUUAAGGGGUACACCUCUUCAAGAAUUAUAUCAGGUGUUUCGUUUUGGACUUGAAAAUUUAACAAUUUUGCAACCACGUCGUGAACCUGCUCCCUGGUUAUUAAUAACUGCACCAAACUUAGUAGGUUCUAUCGAUUCUGAUGUUUACAUCUCAAAUUUGCCAAAAGAUCGAGGUGUGAUUUUAGAAUUAAACGUUCUUAGACAUCAACCUCAACCAAAUUGGCCCCAGUUAAUUAAGGUAAUCUUUAUGAAUGACUAUGCGGUAGCUAAAAUAUUAUUGAGCACUUUGAUCCACAAAUGCGGUAAUUUUACGUCUGAAAAUGAUUUUGAAAAUUUUAAAAAAUUACGACUCGGUGGAAAGAGUUGCGGUGGUUUUUUAUGCGGUGGUAUAACGUGCAACCCAUCGAUGAAAGUAACAUCGGCAUUAGGCCUUUAUAGUUUAAUGUAUAUCUUAACAUACAUAGCACAAGAUCCUGGUUGUGUUAUUGUGCCAGCUUUAAAGCAACUUCCUGAUUGGUCGAGUUAUCUGGAUCGACAACAGGUUUGGAAUCAAUCAAGACCACCCUGGCUGAAUGCAAUUUUGAAUCCUUUAAAGAACAUGAUGUAUCCAAUUAUCGAAAUUUUGUUGGAAGCUGUAAGAACUGGAGCUAGUAUGUACCAAGCAAUGUCAUUAGUAAUUGGCUGUUUCACUGAAUUAUACGUAACGUUACCAUCUUCAAUUUUAAAAACCGUACUUGCAUUGCACGAUAAUAUUCCUGCCCAUUGUCAUCCAAUUGGUGGAAACGUUCUCCUUCACGUUUUGUGCUCAUCUCUCUAUACUGUUCUUAUCGAAUUUUCGGAAAUUUGCGAAACGGAGAUACAAGACAGUUCAACAACACGAGAAAUAGACUACGAAUUAAAUUUUUUUGACCCUAAUGAUAUACCAGCAACAGUGACUACUUUGGCCGAAGCUAUUUGUAGUAUCGACGAAGACAACAAGCACACUUCUCAAAUCGACGAUUUCUUCCAGCUUGUAAAAACGAAUGUACAAGCACCAAAUGCAGAGAUUAAGGAAACGAGCAACACGUCUUCCAUUAUUGAAAUAUAUACCGACGAACUGUUGUUCACUAGUUCUGGGCGUCAGGCUUUGAAACUAACGCAUGAACUUCUAAUUCGCGCGUCUGAUUUACUAUUGUAUAAGUUACGACGAAAUGAUAUUACCAGACUUGUAGACAAUAUACCUGAAACAUCACCUCUCGUUAAACCAUUAACACACAUAAUGUUCCAUAUUGAAGACACUACGUUUGAUCAGUUUCUUAUUCAGUAUGAGAAAACAAACUGGAGAAAGCUUUUAACAAUGCCACUUUCCGUUACUCUGGACCAUGCACGAAGCCAACUUUUAUCAAGACCAGAAUUUAAAAAUGUCGGCGAAUUGAGUUACAAAGACAAAGAAGCAGUGUGUUCACUUAAGAAGCUCUGUUCUUCUAUAAAAACGGCACAUUUCAAGUAACCAUUGAAUAAAAUUUUGUUAAAUAAUCUUAACAUAAGACGAAUGAGCUAAUUCUAAAGUUUAAA